UUGAGCCGAGCUGGGCUACCGGAUUCAGCCACCACUUCACACACUGGGGGAGCCGCGGCCGGUCUUUCUUUCCCACCCGCGCAGCCCAUGGCUAACCUCUCCUCGCACUCCGAGCCCAACGCGUCCUGCGCGGGCAGAGGGGCCCCCUGGCCCAACGCCUCCGCCCCGCAGCUGCUCCCCGACUUCUACCUGGCCGUGCCCAUCAUCUACUCCCUCAUCUGCGCCGUGGGGCUGACGGGCAACACCGCCGUCAUCUACGUGAUCCUGCGGGCCCCCAAGAUGAAGACGGUCACCAACCUCUUCAUCCUCAACCUGGCCGUGGCCGACGAGCUCUUCACCCUGGUACUGCCCAUCAACAUCGCCGACCACCUGCUGCGGCAGUGGCCCUUCGGCGAGUUCAUGUGCAAGCUGAUCAUCUCCAUCGACCAGUACAACACCUUCUCCAGCAUCUACUUCCUCACCGUCAUGAGCAUCGACCGCUACCUGGUGGUGGUGGCCACGCUCCGGUCCGGGAAGGUGUCCUACCGCACCUACCGCGCUGCCAAGCUGGCCAGCCUGGCCGUCUGGGCCUUGGUCUCCAUCGUCAUCUCGCCCUUCGCGGUGUUCGCCAAGCUCCACCGGGAGCAGGGGCGCUCCCAGUGCGUCUUCGUCUUCCCCAGCCCGGAGAGCUUCUGGUGGAAAGUCAGCCGCCUCUACACCCUCCUGAUGGGUUUCGUCAUCCCCGUCUCCACCAUCUGCGUCCUCUACGCCGCCCUGUUGGCCAAGCUGAGACGCGUGCGCCUCCACAGCAACGCCAAAGCCCUGGACAAAGCCAAAAAGAAAGUGUCGCUGAUGGUGCUGGUCAUCCUGGCCGUGUGCCUCUUCUGCUGGACCCCCUACCACCUCAGCACGGUGGUGGCCCUCACCGCGGACCUCCCGCAGACCCCCCUGAUCAUCGGCAUCUCCUAUUUCAUCACCAGCCUCAGCUACGCCAACAGCUGCCUCAACCCUUUCCUGUAUGCCUUCUUGGACGACAAUUUCCGGAAGAGCUUUCGCAAGCUGGUUGAAUGCAGGGCAUCCCCCUAGAGCCCCCAGCCGCGGCUGCUCUCCUCUGUCAUUUUCAAAGGGGAAAGAGCAUCCCGGGGGACAAUACUUGGGCGCCGGUUGUGAACCAGCCUUGAUCAAGUUUUAGAAUCCAAUGCACCCGUGAAAUCCAAGGACAGGCAGGGUCCAAUUCUUUUCAGUUUGUCUUGCAGCCAGUGGCACAGUGUUCAGACGGGAGGAAUGGGGCUUUUUAAAUCCACACUAGCUCCUGGGCCUAGCCUUACCCAUCACGCUCAUUCUUUUUCCUUCAGUAGGGUGCUCUAGAUUUCUGGGGUUGUAUGGAGCAGGAGCAAAUCCAAAUUUUACAAGAUUUUAGUGAAGAAUAGCUAAGUACUUUGACAUCUACAUAUAUUACUGGAGAUCUGUAAAGCCAAAUAAAGAUAUUUUACUGGGUGCCUUGCUUAAUGAAUCUUAAGCCUGCUCGUUUUAUAUCUGCAGUACUUACUUUGUAGCUCAGCUUCACUCCCUUACUCCAUUCUAAAUAAAUAAACCAUAAUUAAAAGAGCCUAUGCUUUCAUAGCAACCUGAUAUUCCCCCCUCGCCCUCUGGUCAGAGGCACUUUGUGAGUCAGAAUCAGAUCUCAUAUUUCAGUCCAAAAGCAGCAGAAAUAAUGCAGUACUCACUGUAAAUGCUCAAAAAAUACAGUCUGCGAAUACAGACUAACACGGCUGCUACUCUGAAACCUGUAAAUGCUCAGAGACUGCCAUGUAUAAAUCUCCUUCCCUACACAUGAAUUAUUGUUGUUAAAAUCGUUUUGCAUGG